AUUUUGGAAAGCAGCCGCAGAUGGUAUAUCAUAUGUUUGCCUGACAGCUGAAGAAGCUUGAUGCAAGUUGAGUGUUUGACAUUGGUAUCUUGAAUAAUAUAAAAGAAUAUAUAAUAAUAGAAAAUGGAGCUAUUUAUGCAGACAAUUGGAGAUCUGGACAGUAAUUUUACGAAAAUGGCAACGAACAUUGUGAAAUAUGUUGAUGAUAAGAAAGAAAGAGAUAAGAUGUUGAAAGAAUUAAGAGAUGCUUUAGUAGAGAAUUGUCUUAUGACAAAAAAAAUAACAAUUGCAAAUGAAAUAAAAGAUCAGUUGGAAUACUCAGAGGGGAUUGAUUCUAGCCAAAAUAUACAGACGAUUAUGGAUACAUAUAAGAAAGCUAUGUCCGAAAUUCAAGUCAACCCAUUGGAAGACAUAAGGUUAUUGACAUUUGAUCGACAAAUGCAAGGCUUGUCGCAAGUAACCCAGAACAUAUCAGCCAAUGUGUUCGAUGAUUCAAGUACAGAAUUGCGACUUACCUGCACCGAUAUAAAUGUCAUUGAUCCAAUUUCGAAGACAAGGAUGACUAACCCUGUGAGAAAUAUAAUCUGUGGUCAUGUGUACGACAAGGACAGUCUUGUCGCAGUGUUAGAGAAGAACAGAAAAACUAGGUGUCCUGUGGUAGGAUGUGGCAACAAAGAAUACAUAAGCCUGAGCAAAUGUCUUACUGAUAUCGUGAUAAAAACAUAUCUGGAGAACAAUCCCACUUAGGCGAAAACAACGCAUUUCAAAAUUUAUGUUAGACACGUCUUGAAAAUGUAUAUACUGUUUUUAUAUAUAUAAAUAUAUAUAUAUAUACAUAUAUUCCCAACUAAUUAAAAGAAUUAAAAUAAUUAAAAAAAUUAAAGAAAAACUAAUUAAAAAAAUAAUUAUGUUUUGCAUUAUAAUAAACGAUAGUUCUACGCAAGCAA